ACAAUCCUCUCUUUGACACACCUGUGCAAGACAACGGUGUUAUUAUGCGCAACAGGCGCUGGCUGGAGGAGGAGAAUGUUAGACAUGUAGAGCCGCGUCAGGUCCAGCGUGUUGCCGACAGCAGUUGUGCUCCAUCCAGACAUCCAUCGUUGCUGCUCCGAGCCGAGGAUAACUCCAACCCUGCGCUGUCCUCUGUUGGCACGGCUGUUGUCAUCCCUAAAUGUAACAUGGUUGUUUCCAGGGAGAGAAACUCUGACAUCUCCGAUGACGAUGAGAUUAACAUCACAAGUGAUGAUGACAGGGACAUGUAUGUCCGCAAAACUGGCCCAGCAACUCAGCUGAGACCUGUCACAGACCUCUCAGCCAGAAAGAGUACCCAAGCACAUCACACUGCAGAUUCAAGUCAAGAGGAGUGUGUGUGCUAUAUCUGUGGCACUGAGCUCAGACGUGAUGGCCAUUUUAAAGUUAGUGUUCAGAAACAAGAGAGGGCGCAGGGAGAGCCCUUCUUUCCCUUUCUUUGGCUUCACUCUGCUCCGCGAGGUGCAGUCCCUAUCAGCCCAGAGGGCACAACCCUUGUGUGUGGCAGCUGUCAUACCUCUCUUAUGCAGCAAUGGCAGAGCUUCCAGCUGGCUGAUGUACCUGUCCUCCAGCGCCUGUAUGUAGUCCCCCUCAACCAGACCUCUGGUGCUAUGCAUCCUUCCAAGCCCACUCUAAAAGAUAGUAAAUCAUCAGGGUCCACAGAAUGCAUUAGUGAACAUAAAGCUUCUCACGAGACUUGUUUCCUCUGCGGUCUGGAGUGCAGAGGAGACACACGAGAAGUGUAUGCACAAGCUGGUGUUGGCAAAUCCCGCAGUGUGAUGUAUUUUCCUUUCAUCAAUAUGUUGCCCUGCCCACCUAAGGCUCAUGGGGUGAGGAAUGGCCGUGUGCACUGCUGCCCACAGUGCCAUUCUAUUUUGGAGGAUAUCUGGAGUGCAUAUCGUCUCAGCCUCAGCGAAGACCUCAUCACAUCUGUCAGCUCCUUCCUCAUCAGGUACCAUGUUUCUAUGUCCCUUGAUGGACCUGGAACAGCCCACUCUCAGACCAGGGUGGCCUCACGCCCCAACAGCUCUAUCUCAGUGUGUUACCUGUGCGGAGCUGAGUUGAGAGCAGGAGGAGAAUACCAGCUGCAUGUCAACCCACCUGGUCGUUGUGGGGAAAGGGAGCCUUUCUUUCCAUUUCUCACAGUCCAACCUCCUGCACCAAGGGCCAAGCCAGUUGAUGCCACAGGCCUGGUGUCAGCUUGUAAUCUUUGCUAUCAUGACCUGCAUGCUCAGUGGGCGCAGCAUGAGAGCAAGGGUCUCUCCACUGCUGCUACCUCUAACUUAUCCAAUGCCAACUCCCAGCCACCCAGCUCCCCCUGGGCCCGCCAGUACAGCUGUGAGUCGUUUGUGUGUUUUUUCUGCAGGCAGCAACAGCGCAGGCAAGGUAGACUCAGUGCUGUCACUGUGGCUCGGCUACCUGUGUUUUUGUAUGCACCUCGCAGCCCUCGCACGCUCCUGGUGGAUGAUGGUAGGAGGCUGGUGAUUGGAUCCUGUAUGGAGUGCAAGGCAAUGGUGCAGCUGGGACAGAGCAUGCAGCAGGACGGGGCAAGAAUGGGACAUGGAGCCUCAAUUGGGGAGAGGAAAGAUUCAGAAGCAGCCUCGCCACACUCUAGACAGAAGUCCAGUACUGUGAUUACGGGUCCAAGUGGAACCACUAAGGAGGCGGACUCAGGUUUGGGGCCCAUACAACCUGCAGGAGAUCACACUCCUUCUCAACCAGUGAACUUAGAGGCAGAGAGAGCUGACUGUCUACUUUCCAGCAUGAGCCAUGAGCCAAAGUCACCAUCGUUAGGAAUGAUCUCCACGGCGACACGUACCACGGCGACGGUCAGCCCCCUCAAUCCGUCUCCUCUCAACGGCUCCAUCGUAGCAAAUGGAAGCCCAGCUGCCCAGUCAGCUCACUCUGGAUUUGCUGCAGCCCUCCGUAAACUGGCAAAACAGGCCGAAGAACCUCGAGCUGCAUCCUCCAUCAGUAGUGAGUCAUCUCCAGUAUCCUCCCCGGCCACCAACCACAGCUCUCCAGUCAGUACACCCAAGAGGGGUCCCCUUGGUCCUGGACCUGUCUUGGUUCCACCAGGAGGCCACAGUGUGCCAAACACUCCACCUGUAGUCACCAUUGCUCCAACAAAAACUAGCAACGGCCUGUGGAGGAGCGAAGGUCGCCAGGCUGACUCGGGGCCUCGUGGGGCCAGCAGGGAACGUCUGGGUGCAGAGGGGACCCUCUCCCAGGAGAAAGGUGGCCCCUCAGUUCCUGCUCACCUCCUGGGAAACCCCUAUGCCUUUGGUCUCACCCCUGGUGCUGUCAUGCAAGAUUCACGUUUUCAGCCACUUAACCUGCCCAGACAGUUGCCCAACACAGUGCCUCCUGGUCCUGUACCAGAGGAGUACCUCCGGGGUUUUCGGCCUUAUCCCACAACUGAGGAUGCCCUCAGGAUGCCGUCUUUGCCCUUGGGCCUGGACCCUGCUACAGCAGCAGCUGCAGCUGCAUACUACCACCCCAGCUACCUGCCACACCCCUCCUUCACACCAUACAGGAUGGAUGACCCGUUCUGCCUCUCUGCUUUGAGGUCACCUUUCUAUCCACUGCCAACAGGGGGAGCUUUACCCCCCAUCCAUCCCCCUGCUGUUCAUAUGCACCUACCAGGGGUUCGCUACCCUGGAGACUUCACACACGCUUCGCUAUCAGCACUGCAGUCUGAGAGGCUCCAUCUGGAGGAUGAGCUGCGGCAGCGUGAGAGGGAGCGUGAGCGAGAACGGGAGCGGGAAAAAGAGAGGGAGCGUGAGGCAGAGAGGGAGAAGGAGCGGGAGAGAGAACGGGAGCGUGAAAGAGAAAGAGAGAAGGAGCUUGAGAGAGAGCGUGAGAGGGAACGGGAACGGGAACGCGAGAGAGAACGAGAGAAGGAGAGAGAGAGAGAGAAGGAGCUGGAGAGGCAGAAGGAGAGGGCACUGAGGGAGAAGGAGCUGCAGGCAUCCAAGGCCAUGGAAAACCACUAUCUGGCUGAGCUCCACGCCAUGAGGGGACAGGAGGAACGAACUAAGCCUGAAAGACUAACCCCUAAUCGGGCUGACAAAACCAAAGAGCCCGCCCUUCCAGCUCCCAAACCUGUCCCACCUGGAAUCCACUCUUCAAUGGUUCAAACACAUCAUCCGGUUUCUGGUCUAAUCUCAGGCCAUGGCCUCUACAUGGGGCCCAGCACUGUUGGCACAGGGCUCCCAGCCUCUCUGAUCGCUCAGAGGACCAAUGAGGAGGAGAGAUGGUUGGCGCGGCAACGCAAGCUGCGGCAGGAGAAAGAGGAUCGCCAGUACCAGGUGUCUGAAUUCCGCCAGCAGGUUCUGGAGCAGCAUCUGGACUUGGGCCGACCAGCUGAAACACCAGAUCACAGGACAGAGUCACACAGAUCUAUACCAAAUCACCAUGAACCAGGAAGCCGGGAACAUCACCCUCACUUAGGCGCUCCUCCACCUCUCAUCUCACCCAAACCUCCACAGCCACCACGUGAACAUCCCCCUCCGCCUCCCACAACCUUGUGGAAUCCUGCAUCUCUUAUAGAAACAGCCUCAGAGUCCAGACGUAACCAUGAGCCCUCAGGGAUGGGCCAUUAUGAGCUCAGUCAUCUGUCCCCUGGACCCUCUAAAUAUGAAGAUGGAACCCGCAGGAGAGAUGUGGGAGCAAUGGAAAAAUAUCCCCCACUGAGAGGCCCCCCAGGCCUGACAGAGCCCAGCACCUUUCUUGCUGAUCUAGAGAAAUCCACCCAGUCCUUCUUGAGCCAGCAGAGGGCAUCACUGUCUCUGUCAAGCCAGUAUGAAAUGGAGGGAACCAUUAAAAGCAAUUCUGGACUCAAGAGCUUUCAGGGACACUCGGGGUCGAGUAGACAUGGACAAGGGCUUGGAAUGGUUUCUGGGCCAGUGAUGGGUCAGGUAACCACACUGGGGAUGGUUCCGGACACAAUGCUGAUUUACGAUGAGUUUCUACAGCAGCAUCGAAGGCCUGUCAGUAAGCUGGACCUGGAAGAAAAGAGGAGAAGGGAGGCCAGAGAGAAAGGUUACUAUUAUGAGCUGGAUGACUCAUAUGAUGAGAGUGAUGAGGAAGAGGUAAGGGCCCAUCUCAGGAGAGUGGCAGAGCAGCCCCCACUCAAACUGGAUGACUCCACAGAGAAAUUGGACUUCCUUAGGGUAUUUGCCCUGACCACGGUGAGCCGGCGUGAUGAGAUUGUGCAGCAGAAGAGAAGGAAGAGGAGGAGGCUGCUCAGGGAGCGUAGUCCUUCCCCACCUGCCUCACAAUCAAAACGCACUCCCCCGCCUUCUCAGCUCAUCACUCGUUUCACCCCGGAGGAGAUGGACCGAGCACCAGAGCUGGAGGAUAAGAAGCGAUUCCUCAACAUGUUUAGACUGUCCCAUGUCACCAUACAGCAGAGAAGAGACAAUGAAAAGGUGGUCGAGCUGCUUCAAGCCAUUAAAGAAAAGAGUGUAACCUUGGAUACCAUCAGACAUGCACCUCAUCCGCUGUGUAAGAGCCCCCCAGCACAGGCCUCUGAUCCAACAUUUGCCCAGCCUUCCACUGAAUCAGAAGACCACCACAAUGUUCGACCACAUAGCCCCACCUCACAUUGCCCAGCAUCCCCCAAUGGCUGUCCAAAACCCCUUGGAGACACAUUAAGACCAAAGGCACCCCCUUCUCCAGCUGUCUACCCAGACAAGGCCCGGGGGCCCAGUGAGGGACCGAUCUCAAAGAGGAGCUCCAGCCUGCUCAACAGCUUGCGGCCCCAGCUCCCCCUGCAGGCUAAAGAGGGGCUUCACAGUGUCAAUGGACGCACAAAAGCCUGGGACAGCUUCACACCAGAGGAAUUUGCUCAGCAGUUCCAUGAAUCUGUACUUCAGUCCACUCAGAAGGCCUUGCAGAAACAUAAAGGAGGAGCCACAGGGGUGUCGGAGUCAUCCCACAUCCAGGAGUCCUCCGUUCACUAUAACAUUCCCGAGCUUCAAAGCACCCCCGGCCGACCGCCACGGCCGCAUUCACAGUCUCACUCGAACGCACCAUCAUUUUCCCGCCCACUUUCACACUCUCACCCUCAGCCCAACGGGCAGCACUUUUCAGCACCCCUCCACAAGGAGGCCUCAGGGAUGAGGGAGGACUUGUCUGGUCCAGAAGACUCUGAGGAGGAAGAUGAUGAGGAGGAAGAGGAGGCUCCAGUUUCCAAGUGGCAGGGAAUUGAAUCUAUCUUUGAAGCUUAUCAGGAAUAUAUUGAAGAGCAAAGUUUGGAGAGACAAGUGUUGCAGAGCCAGUGUCGAAGACUAGAAGCUCAGAACUACAGCCUCAGUCUGACUGCUGAGCAACUAUCUCAUAGCAUGGGGGAGCUGAUGUCCCAGAGACAGAAGCUAGCUGUGGAAAGGGAGAAGCUACAAGCAGAGCUGGAGCACUUCAGGAAGUGUUUGACACUGCCACAGACACACUGGUCAAGAAGUGGCCAUUACAAAGGCUACCCUCCAAGGUGACCCAGACAUGCUGAUCUGAUGACCCCCAGGCCCCAGCUGCCUUCCUUUCAGACUGAGAACCAGAGUUUAUUUUUCGCAGCCUAGUUCUCAUGGCUCCAUAGAGGUGAACAUGGCUGGCUAGAUCAGAUGAGAGUGAAUGGAUUGGAAACCAUUCAGUGAAGGACACUUAGUCUUUAGGUUGUGGCUUGCCAGGGAUUGCACCACAAGCCACUAACACGUGCCAAUGUAGCCAUCAUGAGAUCAGCAAGAGCUGGAGCAGGAGAACCAGAAGAUCAACACUCAGUCACCCGCUUUUUACACUCUUCAGCUCCUGCUGCUCGGUUCAGUCCCUGCAUCCCUCACAGCCACAGCUACAUGGACAAUCCUGCCAAUGAGGGAGCAGCUACCCCUGGAGGGGUGUUGUCAGAAGACUUGAAAGCUCCAAAGCUCCAAACGACGGCUUCUGGUCAGUUGGGACUGAUUUAUUUUUUGUUUAGUUCUUUUUUUUGUUGUUGUUGUUGUUUUUUUUUUUCUUCUUUUUUUCUUUUUAAAUCACAGCGGCCAUGUGAGCUUUUGAACUGGAAAUGCACUUAAGAAUUGAAGCUGAAGAACUACCUGGUGGUACUGUGUUACAGCAAAGAACUGUUCUAAUUAGGGAAGAACCUAGAAAAUGCACAUUUUUGGAAAGAAUUAAGGAAAUGUUUUAUUUCUAAAUAGAAAGUUUGAAAAUAAGAAUUUUAAAGGGUGCUUCAGCCUUGUAUUGUAUAUAAUAUGAAGACUUAAAAGAAUUUUGUAUGUUUUUAUUACUUUAAUCAUUGUUCUUUUAAAAGAAAAAAAGCCUGCCAUUUUUAUAUGUUCUAUGCUUUUUUGUUUUUGGGGUUGGAAAAGAAAGCCUUGCUUUUAGUGUUUGUACUGCUGCUGGCCAGAACAGCUCAUUUUGAGACAUUUAACAGAAUGAAAGAAAGCAGGAUGAACUCCUGCUCUUAUUCUGUCCUGGCACUGUGCAGCUGAGACCCAGCCACAGUCACCUCACCUGGCCUCUGAGUUCAGCAAAGCUGACUCAGAGGCUCUGAGACAUGGCUCCUGUCCUCUCAGCCUCCUUCCUUUACAGCAGUGGUCACCAACUUCAGGCCUCUACAUCAACCAUCCUGCAGGUUUAGGGUUUUCCUGGUACAACAUACCUGAUUCAAAUGAAAAGGUUCUCCAACAACUUGUUGUCAACUUCUGCACCAGCCUGUUAAUGAUUUGGGUCAGGUGUGUUGCAGUGGCCACUGCUUUACAGUAACAUGUCUUUCUUUAAUAACUCUCCUGCUCUGCUUCACUGCUGCUGGCAUGACUAGUUAGCUUGAUACCCACAUGCUGAAACCAGAUCCACAGCAACAUAUAGUAUAUAUGUAUUUUUAUGUUGAUCACAUGACUUAUUAUAUGAAGACAUGAAGAGUCUCCUAAAGCAGAUUAAACUGGUUCACGAUGCUUUACCUUAUCAUUAGACCUUCAUUUUUACUUUGUAAUUCAUUACCUAAUGUUAUAGUCACAAUAUGACGGUUGGCCUAAUGUUACACCUUACAAGAUCAAGCCCUUAUCAGCAGCCAUUAAAGGACAUAGUGCCAAAACUUUAAAAAAGAAAAAAACAGCAGUAGCAUUUUAGACUCUUCACUUUGAUUAGAGUUGGAAUUGGGUAGCCAAACAUUCAAUCAAGAAUGGCCAUCUUCCACAGUGGAAGGGAUCAUUUAUGUGCCCCUACACUCCAAAAUUGCCAACAUAUUAGAAAUUUCUAAAGAUUUCAUUUGGGCAUCUUGUGAUCAACACAGAAUCAAAAGUGUUUCCUCUAUCUGCCUGCAUCCCUUUUUUCCAGCGCUGUCCUUAAAUCUGGCAAGAAUUAUGCCAAACUUCUUGCAUCUAACUUAUGAUGUCUUAACUUGAGGUGUUAGAUGUGUACUGUGAGACCCCUGAAGCGACUCAUUGAAGUUUUAAAGUUAUGGCAAUGUUUGAUGGUUACAAGUGAAGAUUUCAAUAACUCAAAAUAUAAAAAAGAAACUAAAACUUGUACUAAAAAGUCCAUUUCUAUUAAAGAAUGAAGCACAACUACCCCACGCAUACACUAUUUCACUGACAAGUGCCUCAAGAAUUUGGGAGCAUGUGAAGGAGUUGCAGUCCACAUGAUGGGCAUUUUACACCCAACAUCAGUGAUCAGGGACUUUACAUUUUACAUUCAAGUGUCUGCUGUCUGUGUCACACCUUUCAAACAUGUGCAAGUCAAGAUGACGCUAAAUUUGUUUAAACACAUCUUUAAAAAAAAAUCAGUUUAAUCAUAAAGCCUUUUUUUUUUAUUUUUUAUUUUAUUUUAUCAAUGAGGCCUAAGCCAGAUCAGAGGAAUACAGAGUGUACUUCUCUUUUUACACAGCAGUCAAGAGCCAACAGUGCAGCCUGUCAGUAAAUGAGGGAGCAUGCAUGCUUAGGUAAGCUGCCAAUUAGCUGGGGAGGAAGGUGCAGUAAGAGAAGCCUCUUACUCAGCCUCCCUGUGUCUCCAACCCACGCACGCCCAUGCAAUAGCCCCGUUACUCAGUGGAGGAUGUCUAGAUGCUGUGAAAUCCUGUUUUUAAAAUGUACUUGUUUGAAUUCAUUGUAAUGUAAUAUAUUCUUUGUUGAAUGUAGUAAUUAGGUAUUUAUGAAUAUAUGGCUGUGAUUUCAGAUAAAAAAGAGAAUAAAAUACUUCAAAAAUGUUAAAUAUCAAACUUUGUUUGUGGGUGCUGGUAUGAUGGGCAACUUAAAUAAAGUAUGUCUUAUCUUAA